GGACAAGGUACUAUUAUGAUUUUUUUUUAAACAGGCCCUUAUCGGUCAAAUUCAAAUUCACAGUGAGGUUUGACAGGCAUGUAAGCCCUCCUUAAGAAAAAGAACGGACCACACUUUAUUCAAACGCCCGUACUAAAAUCUGGAAAUUCUUGGAAAUAAAUAACGGUCGAAUUCCAAACGUCUUCAUCAGCCAUACCAUUACCAUACACCGUGUGCAUUUGCCUCAUUUCAAGUUCAGUUUUUAAAUAUAAUAUUUUGGUGCGUUGCGUAGACCGAGACCACCACAAGCAUUUAAUGUUGAACAAAUAUUGUAUUACUUUUGAUAUAAUAAGAAAAUUAAUAAUCUAUAAAGUAGCAAACAAUUUUGUUGCAUUGUGGUGAGCGAAAAUCAAAAACAAUGGAGGACACAAAAGGCGUUGAUGUCAAUGUACUUGUGCAAAAAAUGCAUGUUUUGUGCCCUAAUUUACCAAAUAGUGAAGAGUUUAACAAUCAACUGCGAUCCAAACUUGAAGAACAAAUUAAGGACAAAGUUCCAAAAGUCGAACUUGAGCAAUUAGACUUAAAAUAUAUUAUACAGAAUGUUAAGAAUUCUUUAUCUGAAUUCCAAAAACGUAUUGACGAGUCAGUGGCCCAGCAACAGUUAAGAAGAACUAGCCGCGUGCGAAAAAAUAAUUCGCAGGAUUCGUCUUCGAGAUGUUCACGUAGUAAACUAAGCGUAUCCUCGCCAUCGACGUCCACUAAAGCCGAAACGGAGAUAUACUCUAGCCAUAAAUGUUGUCAUCAGUCUGAAUCUGACCUUGUUGCCCUAGUGCAGGUAGAGAGCUUGCCAGUAUCGGCGUCUACGAACCUCGUUACAAUUUUCGUGCCAACAAUUUUGCAAGAGAAAUUGCAUAGUGUGAAAUAUAAGAUAUCUAUUGAUUUGAACCAUCUUGAUAUGACAAAGAAGAUCUUAGAUUUAAAUCUCUCGCAGCUUGAAUCUAAUCUUAAAGGAAACACAGAAAAAGCAGCUGGAACUGCAAAUAACGGUGAAAAUUCAGAAUGCAAGCUGACUUGCGAAAUAAAGGACGACGACGAUGUUCCGCCGGUUGAAGGACAAACCCAAUCCACCCUUAAAAAAAGCCCCCAAAUUGAGUUCAAAGUUCCCAAUGAAUCAGAAUCAGCAGCUUCUGUAGAGUCGGUCGUAUGUAUUAUCAAGGAAAAAGAUGAAAUGCCAACUUCGACCAAACAACGUGUACCGAAAAGAAAAUACCCAAAACCGCCAACCGGUCCCCCCAAAAAGCGUGGGCGGAAGCCGGGCUCUAAAAACAAAGCCAAAACUGAAAAAAGUGAGUUAGCAAGGUAUGUCGAAAUGUUUGAGUGCAACGGUAAUAGUCCUUCGUCGGCUAUAUCUCAAAUUGUCACUUCAACUACUCAAAACUGGGAUGUAUUACCGGAUCAAUCUGCACAAAUUGCAUAUUUUAUGAACGGUGAAUGGACAACACUAGGUGCUCCAUCAAACAACAUAGUACCUACGAUGGUAACAACUACAAACGAAGGUGUGGGAGAUGCAGCAGAAAAUGAAAACUUUAUCCCUUUUGAUGAUUUUGUAAACUUUAUUGAUAAUCAAUCGCUUGAUAUUGGAAAUAAUGUAAUAGCGCGUGUUCUGGAAGGAACUGUGGAUACCCAAGAAGUUUCACUUAACGUACCACAAGAAAGCGAUGUAAAUCCAUGUGAUGAGAACAAUCAAACAUCUAAAGGUGAACCAAAUAAUCAAGAUAUGCAAUUUGAUAUUUCAACAACAAAAACUAUUGACAACACACCACAAUCUAUGAAUAGGCGAGUCAAUAUGGCUUACAGCUCAAAAGAAAUCAAUCCGAAUGAUUUAGGACUGACAAAAGCCCAAGAGAGCAGUAAUGUCAUCUUUAGCACCUGUCGUAGUAUGCCAUCCCUAGAUAUGGAAGAAGGAGACUUAUUUUGUUCUACUCCACAGAGGGUCAAAAUAUCAGACAGUGUAAUAGCUUUUAGUAUGAAACCAAAUGGGACCACAAGAUCUGACCAUCAAUCUCUAUUUAAUCAACGCGAAGAGACUGUUACAGAUUUUGUGACCGAUAGUGAUAAAAGAGAUAAAUUGCAAUUGACUAGUGAUUCUUCAGGAAUCGCAGAUAUCUCAAAAAAUACAUCAUCCAAGGCUAAGAUGACAGGAGAAGUUGUGAAAGAUAUGUCAUUGCUUGAAAUAGAAAAAGAUUUUGAUGACUCUCUUUUGGAUUUUGAAAAUUGUUUGGAUGAUGACUUGCUGUCGUUAGCUCCAUCGUCUUGUUUUAACUCUCCUAUAGAUGAUCGCUUCGAAGGUUCAAAUUUCUUAAAUGUUGAAGAACCCCAAAUAGAAGCUUGCUCUGUCAGUAGCAUUUCAGCCGCAUGUCCUGCGCCUAGAAGUCAUCUUGAAACAACAUUGUUAAGUCCUCAAGAAGAUGAAAUAAACCCAGCAUUAAAAAGUUUCAAGAUCCCAAGAGUUAAACCACUCCGCGAAACAUCAUCAAAUGACGAUUCUCCCGAAAAGCUUUCCGCUGUAAAACUCCCUAGACCUAAGGACACAGAAACAACGUGCUAUACUCGUGAUCCAUCUCCACUUUCAUUGACAAGUCCACAAAAUCAACUUCAGAAUAUUUCAUUGAACAUCAGUACGAACCGAGUGGGAUCUGAAAUGAUGUCAAGUAUUGAAAUAUCAAAAUUAUUUGGUUCGAUGUGCUACAAUUUCUUAGCUGACAUGUGUUUCGAGAAUACGUGUAAAUUUAGUCAUCAACUUUUAGACCUUAGUAUUAUUUCUAUCUCUGUAAGCCUUCUUCGCAAUGAAGUAUUGAACUCAGCCUACAGAUUUAUUUGGCGACAUCAUAAAUUGUUUAAAUUGUACUUUCCUAUUUUCUGCGAAGAAUAUGGACGUCGUAACAUGCGUCGAAAGCUUUUGACAGUAAUUGGCGAUUGUGAAUUGCAACCGAAAUGUUUGCCAUUUCUUAAGAAUAUCUACAAUGCUUUAACAGGAUGCGGUAUCAGUAAGGUAAAUGCCUGUCGUUUCGUUUUAAGUAGAGUUGGAGACAGAUCUGACGCGGCAAUUAAUGUCCUGUUGGAAAUAAUUAUCGAAACCGAUGCUCAAAUGUUUGUUUUUGCCAUUGAAGAAUUUUCAACCAUUGAGGGAUAUAAGUUUUCAAUGCAGAACAUUAAUGAGUUAGCAGCAGUUUGCUUGCGCUCGGCCAGUGCUGAACUUGUACCUGCUCUUAUAAAAUGUUUAAUAAAUGUUGAUCAGACUGAAUUUUUAACGAUGCGAUCGCCAGAAUUAAUACAACUGUUAGAAAUGAUUAAAAGCAGUGGCGGAGUGUAAAUUGUAAGUUUCUGACUAAUAUUAUUGAAUAAGAAUCAACGAUGAGGUGUGCCCUUUUAAGAUGUGUACCUUGAAUGGAAAAGGUAUCUUAUUUCAUAAAGAAAUAUUUUCAUGGAUAGAACGUAUUAUUUAUUUUAAUUUCUGUAUUGAAUUCAAAUAAAAAUGUAUUAUUUUGAAACU